AUGUCAGAAACCAAAAUCUCUAUCCAUAUUCCUCCAACAAAGGAAGGUCAAUUCUCCCCAGGGGGCCCAACACCAUCAAUAAACCCACAAAGUCUAAACCCCGCAACCAAAAACUAUCGCCUCAACCAUCUCGCUCUCCGAAUUACAGAUCCAAACCGCUCAUUACACUUCUAUAUUGAUCUGCUAGGCAUGCGAGUGGUAUUUAGUAUGAAUGCAGGCCCUUUCACAAUUUAUUACCUUGGUUAUCCGCCUCCUGAUACGAAGGAUGGGGAAGUGGGGAAUUGGGCGGGGAAAACGGCAGCGAUACCAGUUCUUAUGAAGUGUAGUGGGUUACUUGAGCUUUAUCAUGUUCAUGGGAGUGAGAAGGGUGUGGUUGGCACAGACGUAGGGACAAGGUCGGAAACAAAUGCAGGGACAGAAGAAGGAAUGGGGGUAUCUAAUGGAAAUGUUCCGCCGAAUUUGGGAUUUGCGCAUCUUGGGUUUACGGUUCCGGAUGUUAAGGAGGCGGUGGAGAGACUAAAGCAGGAUGGAGUGAGGAUUUUGAAGGAUGUCGGUAUUUGUUCGAGGGAGGAUGUUCCUUUGAGUGAAUGGGAGGCUGAGAGGGGGGUUGGAAGGGGGGAGAUUCAUGGGAACUAUGCAUGGUUCGUUGAGCAGUUUGCUAUGAUUGCUGAUCCUGAUGGGUAUAUGAUUGAGUUGAUGCCACAGGAGAUGUAG